ACAUAACAUAAAUUCUCCUUGAUCUCUGUGUGAUCGAUUUCUUCUUCCAUUCGUAUUUUCUUUCUUUUCGAUGUUUCAUUCAACCUACAAGCACAGAUUUCAGUGUUCACCAAAAUCAAUGGGUAAAAUUGUUGGUGUCGGUUUCCGUCCUACGGAACAAGAACUCGUCGAUUUCUACCUCAAACACAAGUUGCUGGCUGAUGAUUCCCGUGUCGACGUUAUCCCUGUCAUUGAUCUCUGCCAAGUGGAACCUUCCGAUGUACCAGGGAUACUUGCAAAAUCACGGAUACGAUUUGGUGACCCAGACUGGUUUUUCUUUAGUCCGGUCGAUUUCAAGUAUGCAAACAGUAAAAGGGUUAACAGGAAAACCGAGAAAGGAUUCUGGAAAGCCACUGGAAAAGAUCGUGAUAUUAAGAGCUGGAACAACAACACACUGAUUGCCACUAAGAAGACUCUUGUAUACUACACAGGAAGUGUUUCCUGUGGUGUCAAGUCCAUCUGGGUUAUUCACGAAUAUCACGCUGUUACCUUUCAUGAAAGCAAGAGGUAUUUUGUUUUAUGCCGCUUGAUGAGGAAAUCUGGGAAAGCAAUUGAAGGGGGGACCGAUCCAGUAGUCUGUGGUGAAGAGGAGCCCAGUGAACUCAAUGUUUCUGACUACGAAAAUCAGGCAACAUCUGGAGGUACGGUUACAGGAGCUGAACCAAUCUUUCAGGCUAACUCUCAGUCAGAGACAUACAUCUCCCAAAUACCACAGUCUUCAACAGAAGAAGCAUCAUCUUUUCCAGAUUAUUCAUUAAACAAUGCCUAUUUUAGAAAUGAAAAUUGUUUUAUACAAUUUUCAUCUAAAAUUACGAAGGAGAAUGAGUUCCUAAAGGAUGAGUUCCUAAAGGAUGAGUUCCUAAAGGAUGAGUUCCUAAAGGAUGAGUUCCUAAAGGAUGAGUUCCUAAAGGAUGAGUUCCUAAAGGAUGAGUUCCUAAAGGAUGAGUUCCUAAAGGAUGAGUUCCUAAAGGAUGAGUUCCUAAAGGAUGAGUUCCUAGCUGACGAAAAUUUAGACAUCGAAGAAGAUAAUACUUAUCCUUAUCUCAAUAAUUCUUUUUCAAAGGAUAUAAAUAUUGUGGAUAGUUUAUCUAUUUACAAUGAUUAUUUUAACAAUGAGGAAUAUCAUUCAUCAAAAAGAUUUAAAUUAUCACAAGAUGUUAUUGAUGAUGCAUCAUCAAAUCAAGAAAUAAAAAAGAGUACGAUUAUAGAUAAUUUUUGUGGAAUGGAAUCAUCUUCUUGUGACUCGUAUUCAAAUGAAGCUUUGGAGAUCAAUUAUACUGAAAUUUCUAGUUCGCAGUCUAUUUCAUGAAGAAAAGAAAAAUCAUCAAAUAUGAUACAAUUUAUAAGUUACGGUAAUUUAUGUAUUUAGGUAAGUGUUUGCUGUUACGUAUGAAGAGAAUAUCUGUUAUAUGUAAUCAAUAACAUGUAUAGUUUACUUGCAUUUUCUGGACAAAGAAUCCUCUCUGAGACUGUUGUCCUUGAUAUAGGAAAGUGUAUUGGUUUAACGAUGUAUUGUGUGCAAUUUCAGAGUUGAAUUAUAUAGUUUGGUAGUUUUUCUAGAGUGAGAAAGAAGGAACUUUAAAUUUAUGAAGACUGCAGUUAUCACCCCUGUAUAACUGAACAAAGGAUUGUGAAAGUUUUUUUCAUCUGACUCAUACUUAGUUGAUGGUUGCUUUUCUGCAGCAAGCAUGCCUAAUGAAAAGGAGAUUUUUCGGAAAAUAAA